GAGGAGAAAACAAAUCGAUCAUUUUGUUUUUUGGGCAGCGAUCGAUUGGUUUUUUCGUUUUUCUUUUACUUCAAGAAUCAGAUAGAAAAAUGGCAAGAAGUCGUGCAUUAAGUUUAUCAUCAAUGUUUAAUGGUGUUUUGGAUCAACAUGAUGGUCAUAAUGGUAAUCAUGAUAUGAUUACAAUCGAAUCAAAUAGUAUUGGUAUUCGUAAUGCACAACAUUUAACAAUUGCUGGUGGUUUUUUAGAUUUUGCUUUGUUUGUUGCUGAUGUUGAACAUUUAAAAUUUUUAUUAGAUACCGGUUCCGAACAUGUUAAAUAUUAUGUAUUAUUAAUUAUUAUGCUUUGUGCAUCAUUAAUUUUACAGUUGAUAGUAGUAUUUCUUAUGUUUAUUGUUGGAUUUAAAAAUAAUAAACCAAAAACAACAUAUCAAAGAUCAUUUAAAGCCAACAAUAACAACAACAACAACAAAAAUAAUGAUAAUAAAAUGGAAACAUUGAAUUCGAAUGAACAACAACCACAACAACAACAAUCAGCAACAACAUCAAUAUCGGUACCAUUUGAAACAAAUCAAAAAAUAUCGGUUGAUGAUAAAGAUAAAGUAGAAAUUAUAAAUCAUAUAACAAUUUGUAUAGUAACAUUGAUUGCAAUAUUGAAUGUUUUUAUUACUGUAUUUGGUGAUCGUAAUUCAAUUACAAUUGAAAAAAUGAAUCAUUUUAAAAAUGAUAAUUAUACUGUAAAUUUUAAAAAAAUCUAAUUUUAAAUAAAAUAUUUCAAUUUUUUUUAA